AUGAGGAACGUGUUCAUAACGGGGUCUCUGUGUCUGACAGUAUAUCUUACAUCGAACAUGGAUGUGCUCAGGAGCAAUGAGGCUCCGAGUGUUGGGAUGAACUUCUCAUCUGCAACACUGGUGGUUGGCGGAGUGUUUGUCAUGAAGGAGGUUGUGUCGUGGAUGAUCAACCUCAAGAAAAUGAUAUCCAUAUUCUACAUGUACAGGUAUGUCCUGAGUGGAGACAUGGAGAAGAAGACCAGGUUCAGGGAUAUAGUUGAGGGAGUAAUUAAGUUAGAGAAGGAGAUUCAUAACAGAGACCUUAGGAGGGAAGAUGUCCGAGGCAUUGUAAGCCGCGGCAAUCUCCUUGUGCUCUUGAUAAUGAAGAAAUUCCCCUCUAUAUUUCAUCCCACAUGCUCUAGGUUUUUUCUUUACAUUCUCCAUGCCUAUGUCCAUAAAAUAGAGGAGGGGCCUGUCGAAGAGCUAGGCAACGAAAUAAGAGUGGUUUCUGUAGUGGCAUUCAUACUGUCACCUGUUAUCUCUAUAUUUCUCAUUCUGUACUACAUUGCUAGAAUCAUAGAGAAGUCCCAGAGCAGUAUAUUCUAUGUGUUCAGGAAGGCCCACAGACCAUCGUUCAAAUACUUCAUGAGUAAAAAAGAUGAGUUUCCCCACGAGACACAGAAAAGAAUACGGAAGGGCACAAGAUAUUUGAAUGCAUUUUUUCUGUCAAAGAAAAGAGACUGCAUAGUCGGAAUCUGCUCUGCAAUUUCGUUCUUCUUAAGCUGUAUGAUAUUCCUUGUCGUCUACCUGAUUCUGAACACAAUACUUGUGUCCAGGCCGAGUCUAAAUGGGGUUUUGUACCAGGACAUCAGUCUCCUUGGAAAAACAACAAAUGUAAUGUAUCUCUCCUAUUUCAUUGGUGGGAUAUCUUGCUGCCUAAGAUGCCUCAGUUUUGAUUAUGCAACCACAAACCGCCGGAGGAUGUUUGUCAAGUGGUGUGUUCUCAUGGAGCAGAAGAGUUUGGUUGAGUACUCUGGAAACCGGGGAUACUUAACAGCUCUUAUAUCAAAGUUCUUUGUCCCUCGCAUCUAUUUGUUUCUGGUAGAGAUCAUCUCUCCGUUUUUUGUCCCGUUCCAGCUUGAGAGGCUAAGAGCGAGACUGGAGAGGAUCCAUAUAAUGUUAAACUCGAUGGAUGAACUGGAGGAGCAUGAUACAGAAACCCAGGGCGGCAGAGCCUCUAUUCUCGACUUGUAG